AUGGCUGAAAGAUUCCAAAGACAAAACGCAAAGACGCUGGCCUUGUCCACAGUCGCGUUGUGUUAUGAACUUCAAUCCGCCACCUCCCGAUUGGGGUACUCUAGCUUAUCAAGUGUAGCGUACGAUUACCCAGAAACCGAUGAGCGGGAACACCUAGAAAUCGAACCCAGCCAAGCUAUCUUCGAAAGUAAUUACCAGAAGCCUGCAUUCGUGGAGCGUGAUCUCGAUCCUGUUACCUACGACGAACUCAACUCUGUGUACGGUUCAGCGGCAGUCUCCCAUCCCUCGAUGACUUCUUUAAGCGAUGCAAUUGAGCAGGGUACUAGCCAUACACGAGCUUAUUGUCCGCAUCUCAGAAACAGCCUUCUACGGAGAGAUAGUCGGACCAAGACCAAAGCAGACUGCCCGAAAGACUUCGCUUAG